CGCGAACAGGCGGCGGGACCGAACCCCCCUGAGAGCGCCAUGGCGGGCCCGGCCCCCGCCACCGCCCGGCCCCUCCGAGGACAGUCCUUCUACCUCGACCUGCCCGGCGGGAGGAGCGCCCGGCACCUGGCGGAGGCCAUCGAGCGGCUCGGCGGGGUGACCGAGAGCUUCCUCAGCAAAGAAGUCACGUACGUGGUGUCCAGCAACAAAGAGGCCAAACGGGACAGAGCCAGGGCUGGGGAUGGGAAGCAGAGCAACCCAACUUCAAGAGACACCAAAGCCACGAGCUCAGGGCCUCCUGCCUCCAGAGGGAACCCACCCAGACCUCACCAGAAGCCACCAGACACUGCCCUGCUGAGCCGGGGGAAGGAGCUGCUGCAGAAGGCCAUGAAGAACCAGGACACCUGCAGUGGCAGCAGCAUCCUCGCCAACGCCCGCCUGUGGGGAGUCCAGAUCCUGCACGUGGAUGAAAUGUUGUCCUAUGCCCAUCAGCUGCUGGGAGCCAUCUCAGGAGUGAGGAAACGCUGCCAGAAGACGGAGGGGAAAUGCUUUGCCUCUGGAUCAAAAAUUCACAAAGGAGGAAGGCUGAAGCCCCCUUUUCUGAAGGUUGAAGACCAGAGCAGGCAAUUCCGGCCCUUCCAUCACCAGUUCCAAAGCUUUCCCGACCUGAACUUCCUGGCUCCCAAAAGCUCCAGCCCAUUCGAGCCUCUGAAAAGCCUCUCGAAUUCCUGCCAAGCCAGGGGGGCAGGAGGCUGUGCCCUGCGCAGUGACGGAGGGAAGAGCCCCCGCUCCACCCCAGUGCCCAGGAAACGGAGGGGAUUCUGUGAGUGCUGCCAGGAGACCUUCGAAGAGCUGCACAAGCACCUCGAGAGCCCCCGGCACCAGCGCUUUGCCCGGGAUGACUCCCAGUACAUCCCCGUGGAUCGUGUCAUCUCACAGAUCACCAACAGCUUCCUGCAGUGCUCAGACCGGGUGCCACAGUCCUGCCUGGCAGAUGAACAUUUAGUGCCUCAAGCACAUGGUACUGGAGGAGUGGAGAUGCUGACAAAGCUGGGAAAGGAAAGGGAGCAGCCUGAGCAGGGUGCUGUGGAACUGGUAAUGGAUAUGGAGCAGGAUCACAACCUGAAGAUCAAGGGAUGUUCCCCCUGCCUGCCUGGGGACAGGGUCAGAGAUCCCAGAGGAGGGGGGAUGUCAGAACACAGCUCUGUGGGACUGCCCAGGGGAGCAGAGCUCAGGGGAGGGGUCUGUGCUGCCCCUGGCACCACGGAGGGGGCCGGGCUGGGGGGUGCACGGCUGGGCUCAGCCCCUGCCCCGGGCUGGGGAUCCUGUGCAGGGGCUGCUCCUGUCACACAGGCAGUUGCUCCUGCAUCUGAACCUCGUGGCCAGCAAUUGCCUGGGUCUGUGAGCCACCCCCCAGAGGCACUGCCUGUCCCCAGGAAGCGCCUGCUCUCCCCUAGCCAGAACUACCAGGUGGGGAAGAGGCCCAGGCUGGAGCAGGGGGAGCAGGAGGACCCGGUGCAUGGUGGGCUGGGGGCACAGGGUGCAGGGCAGAUGUCUGAGCCAGGCCUGCCCGGUGUGACAGAGGCUGGCAGGCUGUCCCUGCACACACAGCUCUGCAGCAGACCUCGUGGCUCCCUGGCUUUGGAUCCGUGCCUGGGCGGGAGCCCUGGGGACCCAGGAUCCCUGGGAGCUGUGGAUCCUGCAGGAGCUGCUCCAGCCAGCACCGUCAGCGAGCGUGGCUGGAGCAGGGCGAGUGUGAGAUCCCAAGGGCAGCAGCUCCAAGGGGACGGUGCCACCCCCGGGAAUGGGAGCAGCCUGGAUCUGGAGAGCACAGUGAGCAGCGGGAGCAGCUGCCCCGCUGGCCGCCCGCCCUCUCCCACACCGCCCGGGGCUGGGGCCAGAUGUUUCUGCUCAGUCUGUGUCAGGGCGGCAGAAAAAGCAGCCCCCGAAGCUCCUGAGCUCCCCGGGCACAGCACAGAGCGGGCACCGUGCCCUGGGCUCCUUCCCCCUCCUGCCCAGAGCACACAGAGCACACGAGCUGCUUCUGGCACCGGCAGGAGCUCCUCCGAGUCGGAGUGGGAUGUGCAGCUGCUCCCCCUGCCAACGGGUGUCCAGGGCAGCAGGAUCCCAGCUGUGGACAGGGACGUGCUCCAGAGGACACACGGCAGGGGCAGGGACAGCGGGUAUGAGUCCCAGCUGUGCUCGGUGCUCCAGCGGGACCUGGAGCCGGGCUGGGCGGGCCAGGAGAGCGGGAACUGCCGGACCUGCUGCACGGACACCAGAGGAGCCCCUUUCCCUGUAUUUGAGACCUUUUGUGGCAGCUGGACGAGCUAAAACCACCUCCUGGCUGCUCUCUGGACCAAAGUGAGAGAUGAGAA